UUUUUUCAUAAAUAUUCUUAUUUUUAUUAUAUAUAAUGUUACUACAACAAGAAGAGAGGGUUAUGAAUGUAGGCUCGGCCCUGGCCGUUGCCUGCCGCGCGGGGCACGUCAUUACGCUGAAGCUGCCCCACCAUGGUCAGCAGCAGUGUGGCAACCCAUCAUCAACAACCACAACAGCGGCAAGAUGGACGGGGUGGUUGAGGCAUUGCACAUCUACGAUGAGAGGAAUUCGCCUGUCCUCUCACACACCUACACUUCGAGGCCGCUCUCCUCAGCCCACCUUCUCCCGCUCUACCUCGCGCACCCGCAGCCACGGCCGAACCUGAUCUACCUGCCCAACACCAACCCGCCCACCCUCGUCUUCUCGCUGAUCCAUUCGAACCUCCUUUUUCUCCUUACCACCUCCGGCGAGGUCGAACCGCUCCUGAUCCUCGAAUUUCUCCACCGCGUCAUCGAUGCCCUCGAGGAGUUUCUCGGCGCCCCCCUCAUAUCCCAGAAGAUCGAGUCCAACUACGAUGUCGUCGCCCAGCUGCUCACCGAGAUGUGCGACGCCGGCACGGUCGCCACCACCGAGCCGAAUGCCCUACGAGAUAUCGUCGAAGUAGAAGGCUGGAUGGGUAGGCUGUUGGGCAGCAUCACCCUGCCAGGCCAAGUAAAAGACCUCAGCGCGUACGGACGGUCACCCAGCCCCGCCUUGGGCACGCCGUCGAUGCUGCAGAACACAGCGCCUUCGCUACCAUGGAGGAGGGCUAACGUCAGGCACACAAGCAACGAGCUGUAUGCAGACGUGGUGGAGACGCUCAACGUCACCCUCGCCCCGAGUGGAAGACCGCUGGCCGCUUUCGCCAAUGGUACCAUCGCCUUCACCAGCAAGGUCUCCGGCGUGCCGGACAUCAACAUGACACUCACGAGCCCCUCGGGCAAGCACAAUCUCAACAGCGUGAUGGAGCUGCCAGUCUUCCACCCUUGCGUAAGACUGGCGAGGUGGAAAGAGCAGCCUGGUGUCAUAAGUUUCAUUCCGCCUGACGGGCGGUUCAUACUGGCGGGGUACGAGGUGGACUUGCUACCGUUCUCCAGUGGAAAGAGUGGGAACCUGAGCUCAAGCAGUCUGAAGCUCCCAGUAAAUCUCGAGAUGACGACUAGUCUGGGGCCGACAGGGGCAGAUUUUGAAGUCAAGGUCUACAUCAACAAGAUAUUCGGCGCCCCGGUCAGCUCAGGGCCACCCGGCAGGGGCGGCGCUGGCAAAGGAGGGCCUGCUUCAACUUCGCUAGAGGACCUCGUGAUCACGGUGCCGCUCCCAGAGGACGUCAGGAAUCUGCCCGACAUUCGACCGACAAGGGGAGACGCCACGUACAACCCGGGAGAUGGAGAGCUGCAAUGGCACAUACCAGCCAAGGAGCUAAGCGCAGGGACAACAUACUUUGGCCUGAAAUGCACCGUCGUAGGCCACCUAUCCGAGGGCGAUGAAGAAGUGCCGAUGGACUACACCUACGAGGAGCCUUACCAAGCGGAGUCGACGGCGGCUGGAGCGAGACUGGACAAGGCAGCUGGCGCGGGCGCUGGCUCACACGACGGGCGCGACGCCAACAGGCUCGCACAGAACAAGAUACUGAUGCCAAGCUCGGCAUCAGUGAGCUUCGCCGUGAAAGGGUGGCUGCCGAGCGGGAUCAGGAUAGAGAGUAUCCUGCUAGAUACCCGGAAGAGCAGAGGCCUGGGUGAGGGCGUCAAGCCUUACAAGGGAGUCAAGUAUCUGACUGUCAGCAAGGGUGGCGUGGAGAUCCGGUGUUGAGUUCAACUUGGUACGUGUGCAGCGGUCACACGUAAUGGCAUUCCAGCGCUUGUCGACAAGUACUGUGCAGAUUCAGACCCAGUCUUGGGACGCAACUAUUCGCAGAGACUUUCUGGGGGAUCAAUAUUUGCACGGGAUCGGACCCGUUCACACAAAUGGCUGGGCAGCUCCUCUCUCGACAGCUCAUUUCCCAGUCAAUUCAGCGUCGAUGCGUACCGCUUCGCCCUCGGUGCGUGCGGCCAGGCCACCAGUCUUCACACUGGGCGAUUAUCUGAAUAAAUGAAAAAGUAGCUCUCA